AUGCGUGGAUGUGCUGUACGUGGUCGUGUAAGUCGAAAACAAGGCCGUGAUUGUAUUGAACGUGUCGGUACAUGGAAAACAAAAAUGUGGUAUUGUCAAUGUGACAAUAAAGAUGGUUGUAAUGGAAGUACAAAUAAACAAAUAUCGGCUAUGACUAUUGUAUUAUUUAUUAGUCUUAUUUAUUGGCAUUGGAUGUUUAUUAUUACAUAG